AUGCCCUUACAUCUCUUGGGGAAGAAGUCCUGGAACGUCUAUAAUGCCGACAACAUUGCGAGAGUGCGCCGCGACGAGGCCGCGGCUAGGGCAGCAGAAGAAGCAGAGGAGCAGCGCAUGCAAGAAAUCGACGCGCAGCGCCGCUUGGCUAUACUCAGAGGCGAAGUACCGCCACCAUUAGAAGACGAUGCACAAAAUGACCUGGAUGUACCGCGAAAAUCAAGCAGACAGAGUGACCCAAAUCGUCAUGGGGACACGCGGCGAAAACGAAAGCGCCAUGGCGAGGAUGACACCGACUUCGAACUACGUGUAGCGAAGGAGAGGACAGACCUCGCAAGCAGAUCGCUGGAACUGUCUCGACAACCAACGAGCUCGGCGCCGAUUGUGGACCACCGCGGACAUAUUGAUCUGUUUGGCGACGAGAAGACUAGGGCACACGGCGAAAAGAACCCAGAAGCAGAGAGGGAAGCGCAAAAGAAGAGGCGGGAAUAUGAAGACCAAUAUACCAUGCGCUUUUCCAACGCGGCUGGCAAGCAUGGAACUAACAGUCCGUGGUACUCCCAAGCAGACACCGCCAGGCAGGAUGCGCCGCUGAAAGAUGUCUGGGGUAACGACGAUCCAAGACGGAGGGAGAGAGAUGCGAAUCGAAUAGUCGCCAGCGAUCCCCUUGCCAUGAUGAAAAAGGGCGCCUCACGAGUGAGAGAGUUGAAACAGGAGCGGAAGAAGUUUCAGGAAGAGCGGGAGGAGGAGAUGCGUCAGAUGCGAAAAGACGAACGGCAAAGGGAGAGGCACAGGCAGAGAGACGAGCGAGGGGAGAAGAAGGGACAGAGAUCAAGCGCGGUCACAUCGCCGCGACUCCCGUUCUCGCGAGAAGGUCUCUCGUCACCGCCGUCAUGA